AAUUUUUAUUCACACUGUAAUACUGUGACACGUGUAACACCUACUAACAUAACAAAACAUGUCAGACAGGGACAGUGAGGAAAUGGAAUGGAAACUAUUGACAUCCACCCAGGGCACCGAUGGGGCCUUGCAGUGGCAUCCAGCGCAGCCCUGCUCUUUACUUUUGCAGGGACAGGGAGAGCAGAUGGCAUUAUUAUAUAACACCAUUGCUUCUAAGCACAUCUGAAGCGGAGAUUGUCACAAGCCCAUCGCUCAGUUGUUGAAAAGCUCCCGCACAGUAUUAAAAAAAAACAACAAAAAAAACAAAGUUUUUUUUUUUUUUAAAGGAGCAAAAGAAAACAACUUAAAUAUUGCACGUAAACAUUAUCAACAGAUGUGCUAUAUGCUCACAUGCUUACAGUAUAUAUAGUCUAUGUUGUAUUACAGCCUUAAUCAGUCACUGAUGGUUUUCUUUAUUUUUCUACACUCUACUUUGUGUUUGACAGUAGCAGUUUUUCUUAGACGUAUGCCAUAAAUGUUAGCUUUACAGAUGCCACAUCCUCUCUACAUCCUCUGCGACAAACCUAUUUAUGUCACCUUGUUUUCCAUUUAGCAUUUUAAAGAGAUGCAGCAUUUAUUGAUUUAAAUGGGUGAUUUAAUUGCAGUAAUUGUGUGUCUAAAAUCGUGUCUGUAUACAUGCAACACAUUUCCUCAGUGAACGGUGCCAUUCAUUUACUCAACUGAAAAAGGUCCUUCAUGCCUUCAUGCAUCAAAUAAGGAUUUGCAUUUGAGCUGCAGGCUAAAUGUCUUCAUGUGUGCUAUUAUUUGUGGACUGCAUGUAAAAAUUUCCUCUGGGGACAUUGGCAUUUAUUUAUUUACAAAGAGUACCAGGCGUCGAUUAGGGGCACGACAUUUUUAGGGGUGAUGUCCUCUUAUUGUACAAAUGCAUGAAAUAAGGGUUCUUCAUUGAAAUUAUAUGAAUAUAAUAAGAUGUAUUUGAAUUGAUUUUUUUCCUACUACUUUACUGGCACAUUCUCUUUAACCUCUUCCAUAAAUGUCAGCUUUAUAGAUGCCACGUCUGCUCUGCAGGCCAGGCAGUGUCUGUUGUGUUAAUAGUAAAUGCACUGCAUGCCACCUAGCGGCACCACCUUUGAUUUGUAUCAUGAAGUAAAAAAAGGAGUCGUCCAUUUGAGGUGAGGUGAGGCAAGGCGUCUAUUUUCCUUAAGGGAAAACAGAAGUACUCUAAUAUUCUAUUCUAUGUCCAAAAUGGACUACGUUUAACAAAUUUAGCAAGUGGACCCUGGUAUUUAUUUAUUGACAGAGAGUGUGACGUGUCUAUUAGGGGUAAGGCAUUUUUUUUUGAGGGGGAGUCCUCUAUUUGUACAAAUGCAUUAAAUAAUAAUUCUCAGUUGAAAUAAUAUAAAUACGGUGUAUGAUGGCUUAUAAUUCAUCAUUUUUCUGGACACUACUGGCAGUUUUUCUUUGAACUCCAUCAUACACGCCACCUUUACAGAUGCCACGACCUAGAGGAAACCCCUUUGAUUUUCUAGAGGGACAAAGGAGGCGUCAAUUUGAGGUGUGUUUCACCACUAUUAAAAAAGGAGUGUCAUUUAUUUGUUGUGGCCUUACUUCCAUUUAGCAGCAGUUUUAAUAAUGUAAUGUAACUAAUAUUUUUUUUCGGCUCUGCCUGUGGGACCUGAAAGAGUUGUGCAAGACGGUCACUCACCCUCCCCUCCUUCUCCCUUCCUUGCUGGGAGGCGGAGGGAUGUUGCGACGUUUCCUCCCACACCGAGGCUGAACCAACCGCAAAGCUAUGCCAGUAAUGUCCGCCUCGCCUGCAGGCAGAAUCCCUUGGACCAGACACAGACACAUGCUGAAACACUGACUGGCUGCAGGCCUCAAGUGUGCCGUGACGCGAUGAGGAACGUUCUGGAGUUGACCUGGCUGCUGUUGAUGGUCAUCACACCAUUCGCUAGAGGUCACAGUCCGCCAGGGAAGCCCACACUGACCAGCUGUCGCUCUCCCGAAAAAGAAACCUUCACCUGCUGGUGGCAGCCUGGCUCAGACGGAGGGCUGCCCACCACAUACACACUGUACUACAGCAAAGAAAGCUCGGACAUUGUGUACGAGUGCCCUGACUACUUCACGGCCGGGCAGAACUCUUGCUUCUUCAACAAGAACGACACGUCCAUCUGGGUCAACUACAACAUCACCGUGGUGGCCACCAACCGACUGGGCAGCACUUUCUCCGACCCCGUGGAUGUCGACGUGGUCUACAUCGUCCAGCCCAACCCUCCUGAGAACGUGUCACUGAGCGUCAUGGAGGACAAAGGCUGGCCCUUCCUGCGAGUGGCAUGGGAACCGCCCUGCAAGGCUGACACUCGCUCCGGCUGGAUCACACUCGUCUACGAGAUUCGCAUCCGCUCGGAGAGGGAAAAGGAGUGGGAGACUCACAUGGCCGGCCAGCAGAAGCUGUUCAACAUUUUUAGCCUGCGCUCCGGUGGCUCGUACCUCGUUCAGGUCCGCUGCAAGCCCGACCACGGAUUUUGGAGUGAAUGGAGCGGUGCCUCCCACAUCCAUUUUCCUGAUUAUUUCCAUCGGGAAAAGUCAGCGUGGAUCGUCAUUACAGCUGUUUGUGCCUUCAUCUUCCUCGUCGUCACGUGGUUGCUGCACAUGAAUAGUCACAGCUUGAAACACUGCCUCCUACCACCAGUCCCUGGUCCUAAAAUAGAAGGAUUUGAUCAGCAGCUUCUAAAGAAAGGCAAGCCCGAGAACAUCUUCAGCGCGCUGGUGGCGUCCGACUUCCCCGCGAUGUCGUCGUUGUCCGACAGCGAGGACCUGCUGGUGGAGUACCUGGAGGUGUACAUCCCAGAGGAGCGUGAGGCCAUGUUGGAGAAGAGCAAGGACCUCGGGGGCAGCGGCGGCUUCAAGUUGGAGAGCUCGGCGUCCGACAGCGACUCAGGCCGGGGUAGCUGCGACAGUCACACCCUGCUGAUAGAGAAGUGCGGCCGGCCCAAAGAGCAUGAGGACGGCACGGGGGAGCGGGCCGAACGGAAAGACACGGGAGGUAGGACGUGGCCUUCUGCGUUUACCAGUCCACCGGACCGGCCUCGGCGCUGCCUCUCCGACAGCCUCUCGAGGCUUCUGGGGCCUUCGGAGGGGCAGGUGUGCAAACAAAUCAAGGCCCGCAGCGACGUCAAUAUCGCCGCGUCCGGUAACACACAGUCGCCCGCUCGCUGGUCCAUCGAGUACGUGGGUGUGCAGACAGUCGUGGAGGACAAUGUGCUCAUCCUCCAGCCCUGGAGCGGCAGGGAGGGCUGCUGCCCGCCGGCCCCCUUCCAGGAGCAGGAGUACAGCCGGGUGAAGCGGGUAGGAAACGACGACACGCUGCUGCUGCUCCAGAGCGUGUCGGAAGGGUCGGCGGACGGGGUCGAGGGCGAGGCGAGCUUUGGCGAUACGAGCAAGAAGCGCUCUACCACAGCAACGAGCGGUUAUGUCGACACGGCCGCCCUUUUCCCACUGACAACCCACUGAGCGUCCUUUCGAGGGACGGCCAUUCAACUGAGUCGAUUGGUUAAUUGUUAUUUUUCUCAUCUUUAACAGGAUGGGACAAUCUCUGAAUAUUCUGAACUCCUUUUGCCGUUGUACGAGAGAAUCAGACUUUUUCACACACAAGAAAUAACAUUUAUUCGAGUAAUAUGACUUUUUUGCAAAAAGUGAGACUUUAUUGGAGUGAAAUUAUGACUUUGUGCAAAGAUAAGACUAUUCAUCCAACACUGAUUUUUUUUUUUUGCUUUCACAAAAAAUAAGACUAUGUAACAUUGGGACUUUUUCCAGUAAAUUUACAUAACAUUGAUUUUUUUUUUUUUUCAGAAAAAGUAAGACAUUACGGAGCCCCUAAAGGGACAUGGAAAAAAACAUUUAAAAAAAAGCUUGUUUCUCAUUGUAACGAGAAAGUUUGUCAUUAGAAUGAGAAACAAUUUUUUUUUUCAUGUCCCUUUAGGGACACAGUAAUGUACGAAUACAAAUUUUCACUGGAAAAAUAAGACUUCAUUAUGACUUUUGCCACAAAAGUAGUAAGACUUUAUUCAUGUGACAAUGCAAUUUUUUCACCUCCAAAAAAAGAACUAAUUUAUUUAUGUCAAAUAGCUUUUUCACCCCAAAAAAUUAUAUAGUGUAGCGAUAGAAUUUUUUUUUCACUGAAAAAAAUAAUACUUUGUUCAUGUUACAUGACGUUUCCCAGUAAGUUUAUUUGGGUUGAGUUUCAUCAUACUAUCUCACGAUUAUGCAUCAGUUUUAUUGUAUUUUAUUUAUUUCCGCACUGCGCUAGGCUACAGUUUAGUGCAGCAUCCCAUUAUGUCUAUUGACGUAAGAAAUUGCAAUAGCAAAUGCGCUAUCUCUAAAAUGCAAGAAGAAAUUAUGGCUGGUGUAAAAAGAAUGCUGAUAUGCUGUUUUUUUAAAACAGUUUUUGAUGUCAGGCUUCCACACUACUCUGAUUAAAUUAAUAAAUUUGUAAAACUGACUCUGUCAGAUAUGGCGUGUUACUGUAAGUCUUACUGUAAACUCCAUUAAGACUCAAUUUUGUUUUGUUUAUUUAAAAAAAGGCUCAAUUCCUUCAAGCCAUGAUUAAUCAAAAUCACACAAGCGACCAAAUUCUUAAUGAUCCAUUUAUCCUUAUUUUUUUUAAAUACAAACAUAUUGUCAUGUUGCAUUUUUGUGAAAUUAUGACAUUUUCAUUAAAAAAGAAAACAUUA